UGGUGGUGUCAGCCUGCUCCUGGGAAGCUGAAUAGUAGGUGGGAGGGGACUCCCACCCCUCAGGCCUGUCUGCCCUUUGAGGGUCUGGCUUCUGGCCCUGAUCCCUCCCCAGCUCUGUUAUGGCUAUAAUUGCAUCAUUAGCGGAGUUUAUAGAGUUACUUAGCACCUGCCCCCACAGGGAGUGGCCCAGUCACCCCCUGGCUUCUGUCUCUUCCUUUUCAAAGUCAACUAGAUUUCUGCCAGCAGCAGGGGUUUCCCCAACCACCCAACCACAGCUGUCAUGAAAGCCAGGUUGAGCCUUUGUCCUGGGGAUGGAGGGCAGUCAGCACUUGGGGCCCGGCUGGGGCUGCCCUGGAGAUGACUGUGGAAAUUGGGUUGGCCUCCUCUGACUAGAGGGAGGGAGUUCAGGGUACCCAGAGCUGCCAGAAAUGUCCACAUCGCACUACGCAAUGAGUGUGUGUACACACUGUUCUAUGUAUGUCCUUUUCUGAAAGAGGGAGAUCAAAGCGCACACACUUAUAAUGCUGUUGUGAGGAUUAAGGGAGGAGCAAUUCCUACUACAUGGGAGCCAGCGCCAGCAGCCACCAUGGCGUCACGCAUCGGGCUGCGCAUGCAGCUCAUGCGGGAGCAGGCGCAGCAGGAGGAGCAGCGGGAGCGCAUGCAGCAGCAAGCCGUCAUGCAUUACAUGCAGCAGCAACAGCAGCAGCAGCAGCAGCAGCAGCAGCAGCUGGGGGGGCCACCCACCCCAGCCAUCAACACCCCUGUCCACUUCCAGUCGCCGCCACCUGUGCCCGGGGAGGUGUUAAAGGUGCAGUCCUAUCUGGAGAAUCCCACAUCCUACCAUCUGCAGCAGUCCCAGCACCAGAAGGUGCGGGAGUACCUGUCUGAGACCUACGGGAACAAGUUUGCUGCCCAUAUCAGCCCCGCCCAGGGCUCCCCGAAGCCCCCACCAGCUGCUUCCCCAGGGGUGCGGGCUGGACAUGUGCUGUCAUCCUCAGCAGGCAACAGUGCUCCCAAUAGUCCUAUGGCUAUGCUGCACAUUGGUUCCAACCCGGAGAGGGAGUUUGAUGAUGUCAUUGACAACAUCAUGCGUCUGGACGAUGUCCUGGGCUACAUCAAUCCUGAAAUGCAGAUGCCCAACACGCUGCCCCUGUCCAGCAGCCACCUGAAUGUGUACAGCAGUGACCCCCAGGUCACAGCCUCCCUGGUGGGCGUCACCAGUAGCUCCUGCCCAGCGGACCUGACCCAGAAGCGAGAGCUCACAGAUGCUGAGAGCCGGGCCCUGGCCAAGGAGCGGCAGAAGAAAGACAAUCACAAUCUAAUUGAAAGGAGAAGGAGGUUCAACAUCAAUGACCGCAUCAAGGAGUUGGGAAUGCUGAUCCCUAAGGCCAAUGACUUGGACGUGCGCUGGAACAAGGGCACCAUCCUCAAGGCUUCUGUCGACUACAUCCGGAGGAUGCAGAAGGAUCUGCAGAAGUCCAGGGAGCUUGAGAACCACUCUCGGCGCCUGGAAAUGACCAACAAACAGCUCUGGCUCCGUAUCCAGGAACUGGAGAUGCAGGCUCGAGUGCACGGCCUCCCCACCACCUCCCCAUCGGGCAUGAACAUGGCCGAGCUGGCCCAGCAAGUGGUGAAGCAAGAGCUGCCCAGUGAAGAGGGCCCAGGGGAGGCCCUGAUGAUGGGUGCCGAGGUCUCUGAUCCUGAGCCGCUGCCGGCUUUGCCUCCCCAGGCCCCAUUGGGCCCACCUGCCCAGCCACCAUCCCCAUUCCAUCACCUGGACUUCAGCCACAGCCUGAGCUUUGGGGGCGGAGAUGAUGAGGGGCCCCCGGGUUAUCCUGAACCCCUGGGGCCAGAGCAUGGCUCCCCAUUCCCCAACCUGUCCAAGAAGGAUUUGGACCUCAUGCUCCUGGAUGACUCACUGCUACCACUGGCCUCUGACCCCCUCUUAUCUACCAUGUCUCCUGAGGCCUCCAAGGCCAGUAGCCGCCGGAGUAGCUUCAGCAUGGAGGAGGGCGAUGUGCUGUGACCCUGGCUGCCCCUGUGCCAGGGAACAGGGGCUGGCCUGGGGGCUGGGAGGGCUGGGGCAUCCCCUCCAGCCCUCCCAUCCUUCAGGCUGCACUUGUGUGUGAAUUAGCCACUUGCCCUGCCUCACUAUUCCCCAUUGACCCUCCUGUUUGGACUUAGUGCCUGCCUGGCAGCCUGUGGGGUCAGGAGAAGCCCCCUCGUACCUGCCUCAGUGCCCCCCAGGGCAGCCGUCUUGGUGAGGCUGGGAGGGAGUAGGAGGUGAAAUUGUGAGGGGGAAGAGAGGGACAGGUGUACUAGAGGUAAGACGAGGACUCCUAAUGGGGGGUUCCUGUCUUCUGAGCCUGAUCUUCCAUACCACCAAUGAAGGAUGUAUUGGACCAGAGGAUUCCAGAAGCUCCUUCUCUGAGUCAGCGACUGGUCCUGGGGGUGCCCAGGCCUUCCUUUCUGGGAUUCAGAUGGCAACAAACCCAUCCCCUCAGCCUGGCUGCCCCCCGCCUUUGGUGCUAACAGCUCUCCACCAGGUGGUGUGAGGGUGGGGGUGACUAGAAGAGAAGGGCGGCUGGGUUCAGGUUAGAUUGCGGGGUCACUGCUGAAAGAGCAGCCCCCUCUGACUUCCCACUUUGUGCCUUUAAUAAACACUGUGCUUUGUACCUG